AUGUAUGGCCUUGUCACGGGAAUGCAGGGCCGUAAAUUGACGAGGCGCGCUGCCGCUGUGAUCCUGCUGCUGGUCGUCUUAUGUCUCUUCCACAAUAUGAGAUACUCGCUGCCUUCGAUCGGCGGGCCGAGCCUGACGCCGGACAUUGGAGCUCAAUUACUCGCCAACUACCUGCAGUAUGAGAACAGCGACAGCCGCGGGGUUUCGGCCGAGGUGUGUAGCGCUUACUUUGCGGCCCUCGAAAAAACCGAGCCGUUGUGGCGGAACGAUUACCGCGAAAAUCAGACUCCUGUGGGAGCUUCCCCGGAGGACUACGAGACUAAGAAUCUCAGAGGCAUUUUGGAGCGUUUACGCGUGUACGAAUCAUGUGUGGCGCAAAAAGCGCUUCCAUCCCGGGUCGUUGAGCUUGACGCUAGGAUGUUUCCCUUCAUUACGCGCAACGCAACUCCCAUCUUUGUCUCAAGUGACCUUCAAACAAGCUACGGCAACGGGAACGUCCCUAUUAUGGGCAAGCCAGGAUCCUUCAAGUUUGAAUACGAUCCACUUCGGUCCUGGAUCCACAAUUGGGAUAUAUUGUGCCAUAGAUCAUCCGCAACCAGUUCCCGCGGAAUCGUGAUGUCUUUCCCUGACUCCCAUGUCUCCAUGGCAGUGAGACUGUUGAAAGUUCUUGCCUACCAGAAAAACACGCUGCCUAUUCAGGUAGUCCAUAAGGGCGACUUAUCUCCCGAGUCACAGCAGCUCAUCUCUGACAGUCUCGCUCACAAUCAGCACUUAUGGUUUGUUGACGUUUCUCCCAUGCUAGAUCAACGUUUUACUUCGGACUUUUACAGCUAUCGAAACAAAUGGCUUGCCACAAUAUUCAAUACGUUUCAAGAGAUCAUCUUUAUAGAUGCAGACGCAGUAUCACCUUUACCUGUGAGCUCUUACUUCGAUUUGGAAGAGUAUGCGCAAUCAGGGGCCCUUUUUUUUAAAGAUCGUGCUUACUCUCACAAAUUUGACUUCGGGUACUGUGUUCCGGAAUUGACGUCGUUACAACCAACUCCGUUUGAAACGCACUAUUUUGGGCGCUCGAAGCCGAUAGAUUCUGAGCUCAAGUCCUUGACUAGCUCAACGGUUGAGGGCGACAUCAUCAAAAAUCUGUUUGUGGAGCAACAGCGCCAUCACAUGGAUAGUGGCUUAUUGGUCGUUGAUAAGACGAAACAUCUAAUCCCUUUGAUAGCAGGUGUUUUUUUGAAUCUCGCGCCCAUGCUCUCCAGAUGUACGCAUGGUGACAAAGAGUCAUUUUGGCUGGCAUUUCUUCUGACCAAUCACGACUAUCGUUUUCAUCCAACUGUUGCAAGCGCAAUAGGCCAAUUGAAUGAGGAAAAUGAAGUUUGUUCCGUACAGUUAGGACAUACGGAUAACGAUGGAUCUUUACUAUGGUUCAAUGGUGGCUACAAAGUUUGUAAGUUUGCCGAUGGGAUAGAUUACGAUUGGGAAGCUUUCAAGAAGCACGAACUUCAUUCCCGUUUUUCCUCGAUCGACGAGGCUAGAGAUCACUAUGGGUCGAUGAUGUCUUUCAAUGCGGCAGUUUUACCUGAUGUCGGCGUCUAUCCAUGGCGGGGGGGUUACGGUGACUUGUGUCUCGGCUAUACCUACUGCGCAAGGUCGACCAAUCAACCCGGUAGUAUCGUCAGUUUUGAUGCUGAUACCAUUGCAUAUCUGGAAAGGCUCGGAAAGGUUUGGAUGGAUGCUACCGAUGGAGAGGUUCUCUUUUUCAGCCCUUGA